AUGGCGACGUCUGUUUCCUUGGCGAACCCUACCGUUUCCUCUCCUUUCCUUGUUCAGAAACGUUUAAUCCAGAGGAAAAAUUCGAACAGUUGGUUAUCUUUUCCGUUAAAAUUUUCCCGUGGGCUGGCUUUAAGGACUCCUAUGUGUGCGUAUGACACUCCAUAUGAAGGUAGCAAUACAGUGUUUCCAAGGAUUCGGGUUUGGGAUCCUUACAAGCGAUUAGGGAUAGAUAGGGAUGCUUCAGAAGAGGAAGUUUGGAGCUGUCGGAAUAUGUUGUUGAAUCAGUAUGCGGGUCAUGAGACUAGUUUCGAAUCAAUUGAAGCCGCUUUUGAGAAGAUAUUGAUGGCGAGCUUUAGACAUAGGAAGAAGACCAAAAUAAACUUGAAAAGUCAACUAAAGAAGAAAGUAGAAGAAUCUCCACCUUGGGUUCAGAACUUGCUCAAUUUUGUUGAACUUCCGCCUGGUGUAAUUAUUAUGAGAAGAUUCUUCCUCUUUGGAUUUAUGGCCUGCUGGAGUGUGAUGAAUUCUGCUCAAGCUGGUCCUGCUUUCCAGGUAGCAAUAUCAUUGGCAGCAUGUAUUUACUUCCUCAAUGACAAGAUGAAAAGCGUGCCUAGAGCUGCCAUUACCGGAUUUCUAGCUCUAGUCGUUGGUUGGAUCGGUGGAUCCCUCUUUGUUCCCCUGAUUCCUACAUCUCUACUGCCUGCAACUUUCACACUGGAGCUCCUAACAUCAAUGGUAGUUUAUGUCUUCUUGUUCUUGGCUUGUACCUUCCUCAAGUAA